AUGUUUUUAUGCGAAGAUUUAGCGAUUAAAAUAGUAUUUUCAAUACUUUUCCUGUCUUCGACAGGCAACGACAAUAAGUCGAUGAACGCCGAACAUGGGUUCGUAAGUUCCUUCGCCACAAAUAAUAACAUUGUGAGCGAUGUUAACCAAGGACAAAGCAAGCAACAAAAAUCCAUCACUGAUAGCUUUGCUGAAAGUUGUCCUUUUUAUUUAAACACUUCAAAGCAGUGUUUUCCAACUGUAAAGAAGAACUACAGUUCGUUUGAACUUUACAAUCUGACAGAACAAGCAAAGAAACUGAAUCUAACUGCCGAACGGGAAAAUCUACGACUUUUUGGUAAGCCCAGUCGAAAAAAACUUUUUUUUGCAAAACGCUUUUUGAUUUUUUCGAUAAACUUUAUACAAGUUUUGUUUUGUUUUCUGAAAUUGUUUUAAAUCCAUACGAUCUGAAACUUUUGAUGAAAUACAUUGUUUCUAUCAAACAUUUUUGUGUCUUGCCUACAAUAUUUUGAUAGUCUAAAGAUUUUUUCAGUUUUUUUUCUUCAACUUUUACAGUUUUUGUGAUUUUUCUAAAGUAUUUUUAUUCAUCAAAUCAAACCAAGUUUCAUUCAGGAAAUAUUUUGUCUGUUUUCGUAUUUCUAAGGGAAUUUCAUUGAAUUCGCUCACACAUUUAUAUACUAAAAUAAAUAUAUAAUUAAAUGGAUUUAUUAAAUUAUAUAAAACAUUAAAAGUGUAUAUUUAAAAGAUAUGUUUUAUAUCAAUACAGAAACAAAUCAAGAUUCUGUUGAGUUAUUUAAUUAUUUUCCAAUUUAAAAUAAAAUAAGUAUAAUUUAUAUAUCACAAAUACAAAUAUUUUCUACUAUGUAGCAUAUCAAUGUCAAUUUUUUUCUGUAUAUUUUAGCUGAAACAUCAAGCGGAAAUAAUCAGACCGGCAUUGGCUUAAAAGUACAGGCAUUCUUUAAUGGUAAGACUAAAUCUUUAAUUUAAUGUAUUCUUUUUUUACCUUAUUCCUUACCCUUUUACGGCUGAUUUACACUGCGCAACUUUUGCCUAAAACUGUCGCAUGCAACCUGCUUACAACUUGAGUUGUACUGUGUUGUACUGUAUAAAACAGGCAUACAAGUCGCCUACGAAAACGUAAGUGAGUUGUGUGCUUGAUUUGCACAGUACAACUCAAGUUGUAAGCAGGUUGCAUGCGACAGUUUUAGGCAAAAGUUGUGUAGUGUAAAUCGGUCUUUAUACAUUCUCUACAAUUUGUAUUUUGAAACUGAAUUUUUCUUUCGUCUUUUUAGAAAGUAUCAAUUACAUAUUCGGCCUGACCGAAAGCCAGAAAUGUUUCAUUGCUGUAACCUACCUUCUUGCUCUCUGGAAAUUACAUGGAGCUAGACUCUGGUAAGAUACACUGACUUUAUAAAUAAAACUAAACUAACUUUAUUUCUCCUGGAUAGCUCUAUCAGGUCUAAACUAUUCUCCGUAUGGGUUAAGUGAGGGCCAAAGAGGAAACCAGGGUACCUGGAAACGAUCUGUGGGGUUUGGCACUCGUCUUGCAUGCGACGAAAUUUGAUCAGCUAACUGCAUCUUGCACUGGAAAUUGAACCUCUGUCUCAGAAGUGGAGGGCAUAUGCACUGAUUAUUUCCUUUCUACUAUUCCUACAGGCCGAUCAUCUUCAAAGUUAUCUGCAAGUUGUUUGGUAAACCUAAGAGAGCAAUACUUCGAAAGAUCUCCACAAAUCCAUCUGAGAAAACCAUCCAUGUCCAGAAUGACAUAGCACGUGAUGAGCAUGUGAACACUGACGAUUUAACUACCGACUCAUCGUGCGAAAGUCAUGUGACUGCUGAUGAAGAAACAACCGACUCAUAUGAUAGUCACGUGGAGAGUGAUGAAGAGUCCACUGACUUAUCAUGUGAGGAACACGUGGACACUGACUACGACAGCGUUACAACCAGUAGCAGUGUUGAUGAUCUACCAACAGCCACACCCAACAACCAGACCAUUCCACCCACUACCAUCCCAACACAGUUGAAACUCUCUCUCAGUUUCAACAGUUCGGACAGUUUAUUCGAGGAGAGCUGUGAUGAAGAUUUCCCAGACGAAUUCUUCGUAUUUCCAAGCGACUGUGGUAACAUCGGAUUGAUACUGGGUGACGAGGACUGGGAAAAAAUAGAACUUGACUCAAGUCAGGAGUCUUUGAUUUCGGAUGAUGGUGGUACUGCUAGUACCGGUAUAGAGUCAGGACAGAGUUAUGAUGUGGCCUGUGAUGUAGAUAGCGGAGCUUCUUCUCACAGUUCUUGUCAUAGCCCUGUUCCUAAGGAGGUGGUAUCCUGCUUGAGUUGUAGUUCUGAUGGAGACCCAGUCACCGUGGCAACAACAAGUGGUUGUAAUGGCUGGAUUGAAGAAAGUCAUCAAGAGAAUGGUGAUAUGAACUGUGGUAACCAUGGUAAUGUUGACCAAUGGAUUCUGGGAUGUCGUGACAGUAACAACCAUACACCAUCUAAUGGUUGUACCAGCAAUGUCAAUUAUGGUGAUGAAUCGACCGACAGCAGCUUGUACGAUUGUGAUCUGACCAGUGAAGGUUUAUACGAGGAUAGCUUGGAGCUCUACCCAGGUUUGUGUAAACAUUGCUUCACCAUAUUAUCCCACCGCCACACAAUCCCUAACCAAACGAUCGCCAGACCACGCGACUGACAGACCACCUGAUUACCUACCUACCCAACUAAGUAACUAAAUACUAACUUACUAACAAACUAUACUAAAUACUAAUGUGCUCUUAUUAACUCUAAUCAGUUAUUUUCAUUUCAUGAAGGUGAAUAUGCUGAACAUGGAAUCAGUUUGCAGCGAUCAGAAUCUGAAAGUGACAUUCGUAUUGAAGUCUACAACAACAUUGAACCAGAAAAUCUGCCAGUUGGUGAUAUCAAUAGAUGGCUGUCAGCACACAAUGAAAAUGAAAUCGUCGAAGAAAAUAUCAUGGACACGACAUUGGAACAACGUGUGAAAAACCACGUUGUUGCUGCAGCUAUCGUUGCUGGGACAUUUGUACUGCCCUGUUUUAUUGCGGGCAAACUCUUGAAAUAA